AUGCGUUGGCCUCGUCGACGACGCUUCAAAAAACCGGAAAGUGAGUACUACCGUAUCCGAUAUGUCACUGAAGAUGUUAAACUUUCAACUCUUAAGGCGUUAGGAAGGAAAGCCUUCAAGCAAAGCAUAGUUGUGGAAGAAAAGAUUGAUGGGAAUGAGUAUUUAGAAGAAUUUCGAAGGCUAGAUCGAAUUGCUAAAGGUAAGUAUGACUAUAUUGCUAAUGCCAGUUUGAAAGAAGAAAUUUUACAAGUACAACUAUUCUUCUGGACAAUUUUCUUUGCUGGGCUUUAUGUGUACGUCUGGCAACAAAAUGGACGAAAAUUUGCCGUUACACUUUUAACUAUAGUUCCUCUUGCUUUCUAUGUUGCCUUUAUCGCUUCAUUUUGGCUAAUAGUUGCUGUAUUAAUCGGUCACUGGUUCGGUGUUGCUCAGAAUACAUCUGGAUUUCGCCGAUACGGCCAAGAUCCUGCCAUUGAACAGUUCCCGUAUCGUGUCAUUCGUCCUUCACGAAAACGCUCCAGUUCAUCUGAGAGUUCGUUAGGUGCAGAUAUUGUGGCAAUAAAAAUGCCUGCACCAGAAAAACUACAAGGUUAG